GCGAUAAUCUCUUGAAUAAAAAUGACACCCAACAAAAUCACAGAAUUCACUCCUUAAGAACUUCAACUUCAUUCCUUUUAUCCAAAAAUAAAAUGGGUCAAAUCUUAUCUAACUUAUGGAGUUGGAUUUGUCCAAAGCCAAGAAAUGAAGCACCAACUUCAUAUGAUAAUCAAGGCAAUUACCAAACAUUUCCUCAUGACGUUAAGCAACCUCAAACCCACAUUAUCAACAUACCUGAUCAUCAUUUUGACCCGAUACUGGGUUCGGGCCGCAACGAGAUUAUCGAAAGUUAUGAUAACAACAAGUUGAGUGAUCCUUCAUCUUCUGAUAUCGUUGUUGAUUUGAGCAGUGGGUAUGAAGAUGUUAAGAGAAAAGAGAAAAAGAAGAAGGCAGUCAUUGAUGACGGUGACCAAGUAAUAGAAGAAGUAGUAGUGUUAGAGAAAAAGGUUACCACUAGAAUAAGUCAUGUGUCAAGUGUUAAGAAAAUAGGGCUAUAUAACAGCUCUCAAAGGAUAUUACUCGUCGGCGAAGGGGACUUCUCUUUCUCUGCUUGUUUGGCUGUCGCUUUUGGUACUUGUGCUGUUAACAUUACCGCCACUUCUCUCAACUCCGAAGACUUUUUGAUCAAGAAUUAUACAAAGUUCAUCACCAACAAGACAGAGCUGCUGACUCGAGGUAGCACCGUCAUUCAUGACGUCGACGCCACAAAAAUGGCCAAACAUCCCAUCCUUGGCUGCUUGCUAUUUGAUCGUAUCAUUUUCAAUUUUCCGCAUACUGGGAAAUUUGGUAGAAAUGAUACUGAUCAGCGGACACAUAAAAAUCUGGUGAGAGGUUUCAUGAGAAAUGCGAAGAAGAUGGUGAAAGAAGAUGGUGAGAUUCACAUAACCUCGAAAUCGAAUGGGUUUUUUCUUGAAUGGGAUAUUCCGAAAAUUGGAAGUGAUCAAGGGUUAAAUCUAAUAAAAGAAGUAAAGUUUACUCGUAACAAGUAUCCUGGUUAUCAUACCAAGUAUGGGUUUGGAGGAGACAAGGACUUUGACUGUAAUCCUAGCAAAACCUACACGUUUACAUUGUCGCUUAAAUGAAAAUUUGAAAUUAAGUUAAUUGGCUUAUUUCAUAAUCACUUUAUGUGGUAGGAGUAUGUACGUUCUCAAGUUUUUGAAUUUGCUUGCGUCAUGUACGUGUUGUAAGGACUGGAUUUUUGUAAAUCAAUGAAAUGAA